GCAGCGAAGCUCCUUCAGGAUUGAACAGUGAAUUAACCGGAACCAUAACUGGUGGUGCCAGGUGGAGGAAGCAGUAGGCAAGGCUGUUGUUUCAAUCAUCAUGGAGACUAAAUUCUUUCGCUUUCUUAAAAUUGUUGGAGUUGGGUACAAAGCCAGAGCUGAAGCCGAGGGAAGGCUCUUAUUUCUCAAACUGGGAUACAGUCAUGAGGUUGAACUUACUGUUCCUCCAGCUGUCCGUGUUUUCUGCUUCAAAAACAAUGUAGUCUGCUGCACUGGACUUGACAAGCAGAGGGUGCACCAAUUUGCUGCUACUGUUAGAAGUUGCAAGCCUCCAGAAGUUUACAAAGGCAAGGGUAUAAUGUACAUUGAUGAAGUUAUCAAGAAGAAACAAGGAAAAAAAUCAAAAUGAUGGCUGAGGUGCAUGAUUCUUAUUUUGCACAAAUGUAUUGGCUAGUUGAUGUGACUGGAAUUGCAAUGCCCUCAUUUGCUAUAACUGAGUUGAAUCGUUAAACAAAUCAUAGGAAUUUUGGAAUUCUUAACGGCUAUUCAAUAAUUUUUGGAGUUCAAUAAGUCACUGUAUUCUGAUGUGUUGGAUUGAUGUCUUCAAAAUCAGAGUUGGAUAAGGUGAUCCUAAGCUGGUGUUAAUCAGAGUUGCUUCAUUUUCUUUUCCCUUUCUUUUUUUCUGUUUUUCCGCUCAGGACAUUAACUGAGGCAACAUUCCAAAAGACCCAAAUGCAGAUAAUGACAGCAAUAAGAGUGGAUAGUAUUUAGUUCUAAUCCUUGUGCUUCAUUUUGGACAUAUAGCCAGGCACUUCAAAUGAGGACGCGAACUUCUCAACAUCAGACUUGAGCUCUUCAAUCUCCUUCUUGUUGUCCAAACCUUUGUUGAAGUCCUCCAAGAGCUUUCCAUACUGCUUUUGGAUGUUCGAGGUGAUGGUCACAUCUAGUAGUGCCUGACCAUGUGCCUAUAUUAAUGAACACAGAUGGCGCAAAAUGUAAAAACAAACACAGGGGGAGAUGCAUGUUUCGGUUUGUGGGCACGUGAUUGAAAAUGCAUGGCGUGGAAUAGAAUAGAAAUUAAAGCUCUGGCAAGAUGGGAUGUUUGGCAGUAUGAGGAAUAGAAUAGAAACGGUGAAAAAAGAGCUCCGAGGCAUUCAACAUUCAAGCCCAACAGAUGAAGCUUUGGUACAGGAAAAUAGCAUGAAAGGAGCAAAACCUUCUACUAGAAAAAGAAGAACUGGUUUGGCUGUAGAGGUCAAGGAUUGCU